UUAGUUUACAAACGUGAGAACUAGAAACGGUCGCAAAAUAGAGGCAACAAUGUAUGUUUUCAAUUUUUUGGUUAUUGUGUGUGUAAUCUUGGUUACUAAUUUACAUACGUGCCUUGUAAAAGCUCUAGAAAAGGAAAUGACAGUUAAUAUUGAUGCUGGAAAGGAAGAAUGCUUUUAUGAGAAUGUUAAAGACGGUCAACUGCUGGAGGUGGAUUAUCAGGUUAUAGACGGAGGUCAAGGAGAUCUAGAUAUAAAUUUUCGCUUAUAUGCCCCAACAGGACGUACUAUAGUGGCUGAUUAUAAGAAGGCGGAUAAUACACAUAGGAUAGUCGCUGUAGAGGCUGGAGAUUACAGAAUGUGUUGGGAUAACAAGUUCAGUACAUUUAGUAGCAAAACAGUCUUCUUUGAAAUUCUAGCUGAUUAUGAAGGCCAAGCUAGUGACCCUUGGAAUGAUGCAUUAGAAAAUUAUGAAGGCUUGAGUCCGGAAGAAGUAUAUGAUGUCGAAGCUCAAUCUAUAGAGGAAAUAAUACUCAGAGUUCGCUCAAAUCUAAAGAAGGUGCAGCAUCUCCAAGAACAAACUCGUGCAUUUGAAGCAAGGGAUCGAAAUGUAGCAGAGAGCAAUUAUGUUCGUGUAAAUGUUUGGUCUGUUAUACAGAUUAUUGUAAUGCUUGUGGUUGGAUUUAUUCAGGUUGUUAUGGUGAAGAGCCUCUUUGAUGACAAAUCCUGCCUACAUCAAAUAUGGAAAAAGGUUUAUUCUUCUUGAAUUCCAUGCUUUCCAUGUGUGCUGCUCCAACAUUUCUUUUGGUUUUUAGUAUAUGGAACAUGCAGUCUGUGUAGCAGUUUGAUGUGGACUUCAGGAUCUUAAUGUGAAGACUGCAGAUCAUCUAUAGCACCUCCAAUUAUAUUUGAGUUAUCAGUAGAACUGAAUUUGGUUGAAAGAAAGAGUUGGAGUACUAUUAAGAGACAUAGUGAAGGCCCUUAAUUCCCAGUGUAUCAAUGCCACAAGUAGGUGGGACAAAUGUCCACCUUCAAAGAUCAAAGAUACAACCAGUUGUUCAGUGUUAUUAAUAAGAAAUGCAUUCAUAAAAUACAACAUUUUAGAUUGGUUGUUUGUCAUUUUUUUGUCUUCAAGUAUCAGCAGAUUUAAUGUGUAUGUAAGACUAAAUGCAUUGUAAAAUUCGUAUCUGAACUUUAAUUAAUUGUGUUUGUAAUACUCCAGUAUGUUAUUUGGAAACCACUGCUAUUUCCACUAUAUGUUUGUAAAGAUAGUGUUUUCAUUUGAAGCAGCUAAGAAGUACUGGUAGAUUGGAGAUAGGUCAUGUACCUAGGUACCUCAUUGCCUCUGAAAGCUGAGACUCUGUGUUCAACUUACAAUCUGACACACAGUAUGAAUCUGCCAGGAAGUCUCGUAAGUGAAUAGAUUGAACUGCAGCAUGUUUUGUCACUGUGUAGUGUUGUAGUGUAGUGUCACUUUGUGUAAGUUGUUUUAACAGCUUUCUCUUAACAGGACGCCAUAUCAAAAAAUCUGAUGAACAAACAAUAGGUUUAC